GACGACGACGACGCAGAAUGCAAGUCAAGCAGUCCAAUUCCAGAAAAGAUGAGCGUUGUAUAAAUAAACCCAUCUUCCCCUUCCACGCAUCCUGCUCUGCUCUCUCCACUGCAAAGAAACCUCUGCGAAGAAGAGAAGGGGCUACGAUUUGAGGAGAUCGAAACGAGUGGGAUCGAAGCAGAUUUCUUCGGCCACCGUACGACAUGGGAAUCUCGAGCCUACCUAACCCGUCUGAGAACGUGCUCACUCUGUUCCUCUUCAACGUCGCGCUCGCCGUCUCCAUCCUGAAGGAGUUCCUCCGCUCGGCGCUCCAUUUCCUCCGCCUCAGCUCGCCACCACCGGCGGAGAUGGACGGCGGGGGCGGCGCGGCGGAGCCCGGCCUCGCCGAGCGCUUCCGGAAGCGGUGCAGGCCGUUUCGGUUCGGGUCCGCGCUGGAGUGGCGGCGGGCGGCGGACUGCCGGGUUUGCCUCGGCCGGUUCGAGCCUGAGUCGGUGGUGAACCGGCUCGCCUGCGGGCACGUCUUCCACAUGGCUUGUCUGGAGACGUGGUUCGAGUACCACCACGCCACUUGUCCCCUUUGUAGGGCCCACGUCCUCCACGGGGAGGAACCCACCGCUUCAUUUUCACCUUCAGUCUCAUGAGACUGACUGCUUCCUAGUUUUUGUUUUUAGGUUCUUUGGCGCAGUGAUUGUAUAAAUCUUUCGUUUAAAUCAACUUAUUUGAUCCGGUCAAA